GAACCAGAACCCGGACCGAAACCUACCGAACCGGUUAAUAUGGGUACUUUUCAAUCCUUUGGACUGGAUUCAAAUUGGUCUAAGCUACGAGGAGCCGCAUGGACCCGUGAUAAGUUUCUAUUUAUUAGGUCAGAGGAUCGCGACCGACAUUUACGUAAACGAUGUGUGGAGAAAACUCGCCGCGUUGAACGGUGAGGCCGCGAACGUGGAAGAACAUGGCGCAAACG